AUGGCCAACGUCUUUAACGUUCAAGUGUUCUUUAUUGUUUUUAGAGAAUCUUUAGAAGCAGUUAUUAUUGUUUCUGUCUUGUUAGCCUUCUUAAAACAAGGUUUAGGUGGUGCCACUCAAGACCCAGUAAUUUAUAAAAAGUUAGUGCGUCAAGUUUGGUUCGGUGCUAUUAUUGGUGUUGUAAUUUGUCUUAUUCUUGGUGGUGCUUUUAUUGGUGCUUUCUAUGGUUUAGGAAAAGAUAUCUGGGGAAAAUCCGAAUCCCUUUGGGAAGGUAUUUUCUGUUUAAUUGCUUGUGUUAUUAUUUCUCUUAUGGGUAUUCCGAUGUUGAGAAUUAACAAGAUGAAGGAAAAAUGGAGAAUUAAAUUAGCUCAAGCUUUAGUAAAGAAUCCUAAGAAUAAGAAGGAUAGAUUUAAGAUUGGACACAUUUCCAAGAAGUACGCAUUAUUUAUUUUGCCAUUCAUCACUACUUUAAGAGAAGGUUUAGAAGCUGUUGUCUUUGUCGGUGGUGUUGGUUUAAACGAACCUGCUUCUGCUUUCCCACUUCCUGUUAUUGUUGGUUUGAUUUGUGGUAUUGCUGUUGGUGUUGCUUUGUACUACUUUGGUUCUUCUGUCUCCAUGCAAAUCUUCUUGAUUAUUUCCACUUGUAUUCUUUAUUUGAUUGCUGCUGGUUUGAUGUCAAGAGGUGUUUGGUUCAUUGAGGCUCAUCAGUAUAAUAUUGCUACCGGUGGUGAUGCUGCUGAAAAUGGUGCUGGUCCAGGUACUUAUGAUAUUGCUAAAUCUGUUUGGCACGUUAAUUGUUGUAAUCCAUUAAUGGACCAUGGUUGGGAUAUUUUCAAUGCCUUAUUGGGAUGGCAAAAUUCUGCCACCUAUGGUUCUGUUAUUUCUUACAAUAUCUACUGGAUCGUUGUUAUUUCCGUAAUCUUAUUGAUGCUUUAUGAAGAAAGAACCGGUCAUUUGCCAUUUUCUCAAUCCAUGACUUUGCGUCAAUUAAACCCAAUGUACUACAUUAAGGGUAAGAAGAAGAAUGAAUUAUCUGCACAAGAAAAGAAAGAGUUGUUCUCACAAGUGAAACAACAACAAUUGGGUGAGAAUGUUAGAAGAUCCGAAGAAGAAGUCAACCUUGUGGAACCUAAAUAA